AUGAAUAUGGUACUAAGUCCUGUUACACCCUUGACUCCGAGGUUCAGUUCUACGCCGUUGAAAACCAUGGCCCAUGUACCAUCAUCAUCAUCAUCUCAAUACACUUUUGACGUACGUAAAGAGGCGUUCCAAAACACAUUGGAUCUCCUCCUUUCCGAGUCUCCCCCUGCAAAACCAUAUACCCAGCAGAACAAGGAGACGAUUGUAAACACCCUAUGCCAAGGAUGUGAAGCGGGAGCCACCACGAUCACUCGGUUCAACGUGUCCAUCCAUGCCGAAAUCGCUUUACUCUUGCACAUCCACUUGAAACAGCUGGUCACUUAUCCAUACCUGGGAGUGUCAAAACUCACAUGUAGCUCAUGUGUCGAGUUGAUAAAGCUUCUGAACAAGACUGCACCAACUGUGACAUUUCACAGAUCUGGAGCUCGCAGAAAGUUCUAUCCAUCGUGGGUCUUUCCUCCCAAUCUCCCGUCAUCUACCAAGUUCCAAAUGGUCAAUGUGUGA